AGUAAUUGGAUUUAUUACCUUUAAAACUUUUUUUAUUCCAAAUAAGUAUAUAUGUAUGUAUGUAUACAUUGAACAAUGAGCUAUCACUGAAUCUCUGUUAUAUAUAGUCAUCUCCUUCUCCCAAAUGAUAUAUCACAGUUGAAUCAUAUUGGCUUUGGUUUCUGAACAUAUUUGAAAAAGAGACGGUGACAGAUUUUGAUGAUGUUGAAGCUUAACACAACGAUGAUUGCGGCUGCAUUUGAGAUCAUAGCGAUUAUAUGCGCACUUUUCUGGAUUUACAGAGUACUCUGUUAUGACAACAAAAUUUCCCGUAAGGAUUCAACCAUUACGAGAGAAGUUGAAGUGAUGCCUGAAUGCGUGAUUGAGUUCCCGUUGGAGGAAAUGAUGCCUGAAGGCCUGAUUAAGUUCACGUCGGAGGAAGUGAGGCAAGCAACGAACGAUUAUGACGAGGAUAAUCUUAUCGGGUUUGGAUGUUAUGGACUUGUUUAUAGUGGGCUAAUCGGAGACAUGCCUGUUGUGAUCAAAACGGGGAUUGGUUAUUAUCGCCAUCCUACAUUCUUGGCUGAGGUUUCUUACAUGUCGUCUAAAACACAACAUAAUAAUGUGGUUAAUCUUGUCGGCUAUUGUUACAAUGACGGUGAGUACGAAGUGCUCGUGUAUGAGUAUUUGAUCAACGGUAACGUGCAAGAUUAUCUAAGAGAACAUGCUGAUUUAACGUUCAAGCAAAGGGUAUCCAUAGCUCUUGGAGCAGCCAGAGGGUUGCAACACUUGCACAACUUGAACCCUCCAUUACAACACAAAAGGUUUACAACGAACAAAGUUUUGCUUGAUGCUAACCUCAAUGCCAAGGUUUCAGAUGCGGGAAUGUCGGGAUUUGUUCAAGAAUUACCUGUUGUUCCUUUGUUCUUCGAUAAUGACAAAGGUGGUUCAGAGGAAACUGUUGACGUCUACAGCUUCGGGAUGUUCCUUCUAGAGCUUUUCACCGGUGAAGAACCAGAAGAGUUCAAAUCAAACCUUGACCUUGUUAUAUGGAUAGUUGAGCGGGUAUAUUCAGACACAAUGAACGAUGAGAGGAUGACUGGAACGUUCAAGAAACAUUCGUUGAUGAGUUUGAUGCUGAUAAUGGUAAAAUGUAUGAAAUAUCCACCGGCGAUUCGGGUAAAUAUGGACGGGGUUGUGAGGGAGCUCGAGGAGAUUGUCCAGAUUGAAGAAGGUCCGCUCCAUACCAUUGCCCCCUAAAUAAGAGAGAAAAAAAAAAGUAUUGCUGUAACCGUAAUGAAUAUCUAAAAUAAACCGGAUGAUUCCAAAUUUAUUUGGUAAACCGAACCGGGUUGAAUUUUUGCAAGUUUUAUUUGAAAUAAUAAAUAAAAUUUGUUUCUUCGCAAUAA